ACUACACGUUGGGAAGGUCCGCAAAAAGACAGCACAGGAAGCUGAACUUUGAGUAAAAUUCGUUUAUUGUGAUAAAACAAUUAUGCCUUCUUUAACCGAGAAGCCGGAGGUCAUAUUUGACGAGGACGACCUGCCGUAUGAGGAGGAGAUCAUCAGGAAUCCGUACUCCGUCAAGUGCUGGAUGCGCUACAUCGAGCACAAACAGAACGGCGCAAAGUCUGUGCUCAACAUGAUCUACGAGCGGGCGCUGAAAGAGCUGCCGGGAAGUUAUAAGCUGUGGUAUAAUUACCUGAGGGAGAGGAGGAAGCAGGUGAAGGGGAAGUGCAUCACUGAGCCUGUGUUCGAGGAGGUUAAUAACUGCCACGAGAGGGCGCUGGUGUUCAUGCACAAGAUGCCGCGGAUCUGGCUGGAUUACUGCCAGUUCCUGGUGUCUCAGUGUAAGAUCACACGCAGCCGCCGCACCUUUGACCGCGCCCUGAGGGCCCUGCCCGUCACACAGCACUCCCGCAUCUGGCCGCUGUACCUGCGCUUCGCCCGCAACCUGCCGCUGCCCGAGACCGCCGUGCGCAUCUACCGCCGGUACCUCAAGCUGUCCCCAGAGAAUGCAGAGGAGUACAUAGAUUAUCUGCACUCUGUGAAUCGUCUGGAUGAAGCAGCGGUCAGACUGGCGGCCAUUGUGAACGAUGAAAGCUUUGUGUCUAAGGAGGGCAAGUCCAACUACCAGUUGUGGCACGAGUUGUGUGACCUGAUCUCCCAGAACCCGGACAAGGUGAAGUCCCUGAACGUGGGAGCCAUCAUCCGCGGCGGCCUGACACGCUUCACCGACCAGCUGGGCAAGCUCUGGUGCUCCCUGGCAGACUACUACAUCAGGAGUGGGCACCUGGAGAAGGCGCGAGAUGUGUACGAGGAGGCCAUCCAGACAGUGGUGACGGUUCGAGACUUCACUCAGGUGUUUGACCGCUAUGCCCACACUGAGGAGAGCAUGAUCGCUGCCAAGAUGGAGACCAGCACCGAGAUGGGCCAGGACGAGCAAGAUGACAUUGAGCUGGAGCUGCGCCUGGCGCGCUUUGAGCAGCUGAUCUCGCGGCGCCCCCUGCUGCUGAACAGUGUGCUACUGCGGCAGAACCCCCACAACGUUCACGAGUGGCACAAGAGGGUGAAGCUGUACGAGGGAAACCCGCGCCAGAUCAUUAACACCUACACGGAGGCGGUGCAGACGGUGGACCCCCUGCGUGCCACGGGGAAACCACACUCCCUCUGGGUCGCCUUCGCCAAGUUCUACGAGGAGAACGAGCAGCUGGAUGACGCCCGCACCAUCUUUGAGAAGGCCACCAAGGUGAACUACAAGCAGGUGGACGACCUGGCAGCCGUGUGGUGUGAGUACGGAGAGAUGGAGCUGCGGCACGAGAACUACGAGCAGGCACUGCGCAUACUGAGGAAAGCCACUGCAAUCCCGUCCAAGAAGGCGGAGUACUUUGACUCUUCAGAGCCGGUGCAGAACCGGGUCUACAAGUCCCUGAAGGUGUGGUCCAUGCUGGCAGAUCUGGAGGAGAGCCUGGGAACCUUCCAGUCCACGAAGGCGGUGUACGACCGCAUCAUCGACCUGCGAAUUGCCACACCCCAGAUCAUCAUCAACUACGGCAUGUUCCUGGAGGAGCACAACUACUUCGAGGAGAGCUUCAAGGCGUACGAGCGCGGCAUCGCCCUGUUCCGCUGGCCCAACGUUUACGACAUCUGGAACACCUACCUCACCAAGUUCAUUGACCGCUAUGGCGGGAAGAAGCUGGAGAGAGCGCGGGACCUGUUUGAGCAGGCGCUGGACGGCUGUCCGGCCAAAUACGCCAAGACAAUCUACCUGCUGUAUGCCAAGCUGGAGGAGGAGUAUGGGCUGGCGCGUCAUGCUAUGGCGGUGUAUGAGAGGGCCACCGAGGCUGUGGAGACCAACGAGAGGCACCACAUGUUCAACAUCUACAUCAAGAGAGCCGCAGAGAUCUACGGCGUCACACACACCAGAGCCAUCUACCAGAAGGCCAUCGAGGUGCUGCCCGAUGAGCAUGCCAGGGAAAUGUGCCUGCGCUUCGCGGACAUGGAGAGCAAGCUGGGCGAAAUCGACCGGGCCAGAGCCAUCUACUCCUACUGCUCCCAGAUCUGUGACCCCAGGAUGACCCCCACAUUUUGGCAGACAUGGAAAGAGUUUGAGAUUCGCCAUGGUAACGAAGACACCAUCCGAGAGAUGCUGCGGAUUAAGCGCAGUGUUCAGGCCACCUACAACACGCAGGUCAACUUCAUGUCCUCCCAGAUGCUGAAGGCCACCGCCAACGCCACGGGAACCGUGUCGGAUCUUGCUCCAGGGCAGAGUGGGGUAGAUGAUAUGAAGAUGCUGGAGCAGAAGGCCCAGCAGCUGGCUGCCGAGGCAGAACGGGACAAGCCGCGCCCCAAAGACAAGAUCCUCUUCGUCAGGAGUGACACCUCUCGCAGUGAACUGGCUGAACUGGCCAAACAAGCCAACCCAGACGAAAUUGACAUAGACGACGAAGACGAUGACGAAGAGGAGGAAGAUGGGGAGCCAGAUGAGGUGCAGUUGGAGCAGAAGAGUGUUCCCACUGCUGUGUUUGGGGGACUCAAAGAGGACUGAACUGUCACGGGAUGAUGACAUCACAGGAACGAGCCAUGACCUUGUGAACAGGCUCCCUCCAAGAUGGAACCCUCUCUAACUGCGUUGGACACAGACACGCACACACACGCACACACACACAUGCACACACACACAUGCACACACACGCACACGCACGCACACACACGCACACACGCAGCUCUGCUGUACCCUGUGUGCCGGCUGAUGUGGAGGCGCUGAUGGGGACUCAUGGAAGCUGUUGUUCUGUCGUGUGUUUCAGAGCAUCGUCUGCUCUGGUCCUUCCUUGUAUUCUGAUUGGCAGAAACGCGGCCUGGUGGCUGGCCGGUGAAUAAAGUGCGUUCCCAUGGCCACACUUCCUACUGCUCAUCCGCCACUGGAAUUCCGCGAGCUGCAGUACCGGGCCUCCCCACACGGGGGGCUGUUUCCUGUACUUUGUGUCAGAGUGGCUGAGCGCAUUGAUUCCAGCGCUCUGUGUUUAAGGUGGGGACGGAGUGUAACGUCAGCAGCUCGCCAGACCUGCAGAGAGAGAGCCUGUCCCGGCGAAAGGGGAGGGGUUUGGGGCACAUGGUGCGACUGUAGGCUGCCCCCCUGCUAAUGUCACAGUGUGGAGUCCUGCCGUCCUUAACAACACCGCUGAACACACACA